GAACAACUCGAGUUGCCUCAACUAUGAAGGUACUUGUCGGAUUUGUAUUUGUAAUUAGUACUGUGUCAGCCCUUGGUUCGGGGCCGUACCUGCCAAGUGGCUGGAGACCGUCUGGUCCAGCAUUCUUGCUGCCUUCCGAGCUAAGGACAGGACUUAAGUCUGAUGAAGGACCAUCCGAACCAAAGAGUGUUGAUGAUUUAAUAGCUUCAGUGUCAUCGUCAGCGCAACCCGAUAAACCUGAAUCUGUUACAUCAGAAACCGGCACAUCUGAAGAAACUCUUGUAUCUUCAGAACAAACGACCUUAAAACCCGAGGUAACUAAAUCGGAUUCUAUAUCUUCAGAACCAGAACAAGGUUCGUUAAGUCAAGAAAACGAAGCGUCCGGCUCCGAUUUCCUUCGCGAGUAUGGCCCGCCAGCUGUCCUGGACAUCCACCAAUCAAUAACAGUGCAGGGUCUGCCUGAUAUAGUGACGGAACAUACAUUCAAAGUCGUCGACGCCAAAGUAACUGAAGACCAAGUUGUUAUAAUCAAGGGAAAUGAAGAAUCGAUCAAAGAAUCUGUCGUUGCAAGCAAGACUCCUGAAGACGUGUCAGCUCUAACAAACGCUGUGAUUGAGACUAAAUCAGUUCAAGAAGAUGUCCCUGUCCAAACUCUUGCCACAGUAGAGCCAGAAAUAUGUCAAGAUACCACCACUGAGACUGAUUUCAAAGAAGCAACUUCUGAAGCUGUACCUCAAAAAUUAGAAGAAGGCACGACUGGCACGACUCAGUCCCAAACAAGUAUUGAAGAAACUACAAAAAUAGACGAUUCUUUAUUAGUAAAAUCAAUUGAUGCUGUAGCUAAAGUUACGGAGAGUGCCAGCCUGGAAUACUUGCCUCCGGUAUCCAACGAGGAAUCGGUCCAAAACAGUAAGGAAACUGGUAAAGAAGAUACUGCAGUUAUUUUGGAAGUGCCAUUGACUACAUCAGAAAAGACUGAAGACAAUGAAGCCGUUGGCAAAAACAAUAAUAUUGAAGAAGGCAGUGGAUUAGGAAAAAUUCCUGAUGUGUUGAACGAGCAAGAACGUGUUGGUUUCAGGGAAUACGGGCCGCCAAAGUCUGAAGAAGAAAGAAUUAAAAAUAAUGAAACGAGAAAAAGAAGAUUUUCUUCAAGGUUCGCAUCUUUUAAGAAACAUUAAUCGAAUUGAAUAAGUACCUAAACACCAAGUAAAAAACAAAACGAUGUUACUAGUAACUAUGUAACUAAAUGUAAA